AUGGAGACAAAAUCAGCAAAAGAGAGCCACAAGGCUCAGGUCUGUGAGCCAGACGCAGGUGAAGGUGCAACAGAAAUCUACAUUGACCCGGUCAAGGAGGCUCGAAUGAUGCGUAAAUUUGACUUCUGUGCAAUUGGCUUGCUGGGAUUGUUCUACAUGAUGGCCAAUUUGGACCGCAGCAAUAUAGGCAAUGCUCAAACUGCAGGCAUGCCUGAAGACUUGGGCUUAGUGGGCAAUCAGUUUGGCACCGCCACGACUUUGCUGUAUGCGACUUACGUCCCAUUCGAGGGACCGGUCGCAGUUCUCCUGAAGAUUAUCGGACCCAAGCCUCUUCUCUCCACGUGCGCUUUCUGCUGGGGAAUAACGACUCUUGGAAUGGCAUUCAUACAGUCUUGGAAGGGUCUCUACGCCUGCCGAUUGCUAACAGGAUUCUUUGAAGCGGGCUUAAUCCCAUGCAUCAAUGUUUACAUUGCCCUGGUGUAUAAAAAGAGUGAAAGAGGAAAGCGCUCGGCAGUUAUCUUUGCUUUCAGUGCCUUUUCGAGCGCCUUUGGUGGAAUUCUCGCUUAUGGCCUGACACAAGUCCACGGACCUAAUGGAUGGGAGGGUUGGCGCUGGCUUUUCGCCGUUGAAGGAGCUAUGACCCUAGUCCUUGUGCCCAUCUUUUUCUGCCUCUUCCCCAAGCAUCCUACCACGGCGUGGUUCCUCACUACUGAAGAGAAGAGCAUGAUGCAAGCUCGCUAUGACAAUGACCCGCAUUGGGGGCAAGACGAGGAGUUUACCUGGGCCGAGUCACUGAGCGCUUUCGUUGACCCCAAAUGGUGGGCAUUUUGGAUUUACCAGUUCAGUGUCGACAUCUCGCUCUAUGGUUUCACGACAUUCCUCCCUAAAAUUGUUUCUGGGUUGGGAUACUCGGGUGUGCAUGCGAACUUGAUGACCGUUCCAAUCUACAUGGUCGGUCUAGUCUGGUUCCUUAUGAUUGCGUACUGUUCCGAUAGGGCUGGUCUACGAGGCCCAUUCCUUGCUGGGCCCUUGCUAUGCCUCAUCAUUGGAUACGCAAUUUUGAUCUCGGUGGAGAGUCUGAAAGUGAGGUUUUUCGCAUGCUUCGUUGUCGCCCUUGGUAUCUAUCCAACAACCGGACUGUCACUCAUGUGGCUUCAAGACAAUACGGCCCGUCACUUCAAGCGGGCCACAAUGGUUGGAAUGACUCUUUGUUUCGGAAAUACGGCUGGUGUCGCUGUUGGUCAAAUUUUCACAACCCAGUCAGCACCGAGAUAUAUUAAAGGGUUAUCUAUUAGUUUGGCACUAGCGGUUGUAGCAUUGGUCAUGGUGGGCGCAUUGUCGAUUGGAAUGAUGACAGUAAACAAGAAGCGGGCAGCAAGAAUCCAGAGAGCUGAGGAGUCAGGGGAAGUGCUGGAGAAGAGACCGGAGAAAGGGGAUUAUGAUGUAUAUUUCCGAUAUUCGCUGUAG